AUGACUAAAGGUAAAUUUAAUAUUUUUGAAUUCCUCAAUGAGUACCAAAAAUACCCUUGUCUUUGGGAUAAAAGCCACAGCAGUUACAAAAUUAAAGCCGAACGAAAUUUAGCAUUACAAAUGAUUUUACCAUCAUCUGGGCUGGCUAAUAUUAAUGAACUUAAACGAAAAAUAAGAAUUGUGAGGUAAGUUUAAAUGUACUAGUUCAAAUAGUUUUAAUGCAAAAAAAUGUUAACAAUUUUCUUAUUGUAACUUGUUAACUUUUAGAUGUACUUAUAAUCAAGAAUUGGUAAAAAUGAAGUCUAUUACAAGAAUAAAUUCCAAUUAUAAGCCAAAAUUAGUGUGGUUUGAGCUUGCUCACAGUUUUCUCAAUAAAAAUGUUGAAGAAAAUGAAAAAAUCGAGACUAAUUUGGUAAUUUAGGAAAUAUUUUACCUUUACAGAUUUUUAUUUGUUUUUAAUUAUUAGAUAUAGAAUUUUGAUAAGUACUAGUUACAAAAAUUAGGGAAAUUAUCCAGUUUGGGCCGAAGUUGGUUUUUCAUUUACCCUUUUCCAAAUGUAUAAUGCUUUUUUUAACUACUACCUAUCUAGUUUCCUAAUUUUUAAUUUUCUGGUAAAUAGGUAAUCAUUGAUUAAAAAGAAAAGAACCAUUAAUCACUAUUAUUAUUAUACUCUCAUUUUUUUAAAAAUAAAACAUGCCAUUACCCAAUAACAGCUUUGAUUAGAAUAUUCAUUAGCUUAUUUUCUUUAAUUGCUUUUCUUAAAUAAGAUUAGUACAAUUUUUAAUAAUCCAAAAUAAUCUAAUAGUAUAUGCAUUUAUGUAUUUAGGUGCAUCUAAAUGCAUACCUAGAAAGUUUUUGGAGCAUUUAAAAUUAUACACAUAAUUGCAUAUCAGCUCAUAGUAUCUAAUUGGACAUAAUAGUGAUUCAACAAUUUAAAUCUUUCCCCUCCUUUAUUGAUAAUAUUUUUGGCUAUAUUUAAAGAAUAAUUAUGUACAAAACUUAUUAUUAAAUGCAAGUUUUUUCACAAAAAGAACAAAAUUUAGAAUAUCUUCUUUAAAAAUGUCUGUGUUAAACAUUAUUAUAUAUUAAUUUAUAUUAAACUUUUGGAAUUUUAGACAACUUUUUCAAAUAAAGCAACAUCCGGAACAAAAUCUGUAUCUUUUAAGAUACGAUACAAUCAAUUUGAAGCAUUUUUAGUUUUAACCACUAUAAAUUAUUAUCUAAAUAAAUAAUAAUAAAUAUUAGAUAAAUUACUGCUGAAUAUUAACUACCGCAAUUUUUACUAACCAGAACAAUAUUUAAUCAAAAAAAGGAUUUUAGGGUUAAAUUGUUAAAAUGGUCAAAUCAUACUCCAAGUAAAUUAUUACCAUUUGGAGAUUCUACAUUUUUUAAGGUAUGGCCAUAAAAAAAAUCAAACCAUAUUUUACUCAUCUAAAAAAAAAUGUAGUAGUCAAAAUAGCUUAAAAAUUAAAAAAUAUAUUAUAAAAGUUAUAAAAUAUUUAAUUUUAAAAAAAAAAUUCCUAUACAGUUCAUGGAAUAUUUUAUAGAUAUGUCAAACAUUUCUAUAAAUAUAGAAAAAUACAAUAAGUUCAAGUAGACAUAAGUUAACAUUAUCUAAUUUUGUUAUGUAUACACACUGGUUAGGGGAUGGGACAAAACAUAUUUUGAAAUUGAAAAUUAAAGAAAACAAAUACUCUACUACAUGGUUAUCAAUGUAUAUUGUAUUAAUUAUAUCAGGCUUAACCUGAAAUUGAAGUCUGUGUAUACCUUUGCAUCUAUGCAAAUAAAAUUAAUACAAUUUUAAACUUUACUAGCGCUUGAGGUUAAUUUAUAAUAAGGAAAUAAUUUGAUCUGCUGUUAAAUAUACACUUACACUAUUGUAAUAUGUUAAAUAAAGUUGGGAAGUUCUAAAUAGAAUCAAACCCAGAAAUUAUUAAGUAUUGUUUGAGUGAAUCAAUAUUAAAUAAAUAAUUUGCUUAAUUAUAUUAUUUAAAUGCAUGUGUUCCCUAAAAAUUAAUUUUACAAUUAUUUAUCAAACUUUAGGUAUUGAAUGUUACUGAAAGUAAUGAUACAACGUCAGAAGAAAGUUAUGAUUUCUCACAAACAUUACCAUUUUUAACACAGUGCCAGUAUGAUGAAAAUGGUAUAAAUAUAACCACUACUACACAACAUUAUAUUAUAUAGGUAUAAAACAAAUUAUAAAAUAAUUAAUAUUCUUAAAUUUACAGAAAGGACUAUGUUAAAUAACCAACAAGAAUUAAGCAGUUCUCUUGACGACGCAGUUAAGGCAUUAAAAUGUGCAUACUCAGAAUAUCAAGAAUCAACAUCUAAUGAGUUUCAUACAUUUGGCAAACAUGUAGCAGUGCAACUGGAAAAACUACCUUUAGUAGAAUCACUUAAGUUACAAGCUGAAAUUCAAAGUCUAUUAACUCAGGCUCGUCUGCGUACAAUGAAUGGUAUAUAAUGACUUCUCUUAAUUAGUGUAGGUAUAUAUUUCUAUAAGUGUAUUAUUUUUAUUUUUGAAUAAAACUAAAACUUCUGAAAAUUAUUUAAUAAUUUUAUCGAUUAUAAAUGAUUUCCUAAUUAAAUUUCUACUUUUAUGUAAACAGUAAACUAGGAAAUAGAGCAGUGAACUGGUGACUAAUAAUUUAUUGACAUUUAAUAGGUACAGUUUGCACAAGACAAAGUAUUAAUUAUUAUUAUUCAUAAAUUGUAGAACUAACAACUAAAUAAAGAAAAAAAAAUGACAGUAAUCAUGGUUAUAGCCGUGUAGAUAUUAUGUAACCUAUUAAUAUCAAUAAAUUUAAAUACCUGGUAAAUUAAGACACAAAAUGUUAAUUAUGAACCUACAAAAUAAAAUACAGAUGUGAAUUAUUUAUUUAAAUGUUUUGUCUUAUGUUAUGUAUGAACCAUUAAUUUACUUUCAUAAUAAUCACACAAAACUCAAUGUGGAAAUAAAUUAAAAAUUAUAUUGCUUAUAUUUUGUUGCUCUAAAGAUUUCAUUUCAUUUUCAAAUAAUUAAAUCAAUAUACAUCUAUCUAAAACUAAAAAACACAAAUGAUCGACAAAUGUUCGCUGAAAGAUAAUCAAUAUAUUUAUAUGAGUUGAUAUACACCUAUGCAAAACAUAAUGCUGAUACUUUUAAAUAAUUUGUUGUAGUGCCACCAUGCAAUAUUUUAAUAGGAUACCUGCAUAAUAUUUUAAAAUAAGAAAAAUAUACUAAAUAGGUGUAAAUAUAUCUAUUAAUAUUAUAAUAUAAUAUAUGGUAUUGACUAUUAAAUAAUACUAAUUGCAUUCAAGUAUAAUGCUUGUCAAAAAAGAAUAUAUAUUCUCCAUUAUUUUAUACAAUGAAUGAUUCAAUAAAACAAAUGCAUGUCUGUAUAAAUUUUUUGAAGUAAUCUUUAACUAUCAAAACCUAAGUUUGAUAAUAGAAAAAAAUUAAAUGAAAUCAAAAUCUAUUCCAUUUUCAUUACAAUAUCACAUAUUUUAAUCUGUGUUUAAAAAUUGUAUUUAUAAUAAUAAAUUGGAUAAUUAAUUAUGAUGUAUAAGGUAUGGUUUAUGCCAAUAGAUAUUAUGACUGAGAAAUUUUAUCAGUAGGACUCACGAAAAAUGAGUGCUGACAACUAAUUGUAGAGUUCAAAUAGUGGGGUUCUCAAUGUUGUGUUAUCAUUUUUUUUUUGCAUCGUUUCAUGAGUUAUGUCCCAUAAUAUUUUUAAUUUCAAAGGGGUCAAGGGGACAUAUGUUUGCAGCUGUUGGGUAUAAUUGCUACUGGAAACGCAGCCACUAGCACUCACUUUUCAUAAGCCUGAAUAUAGUUACGUUGAGAAGAAAAACACCAAAAAAAUAUAAUGGACAAAAGAAAUAGAAAUUUAGGUGUUAAGUAUAUGAUUCAGAAAACCAAUCUGAUCAAAUUAACUUAUUCUAUUUAUAUUUAUAUUGUUUACAGGAGGUUUUUCAAAUCCGAAGAAAUUAUUCAAAUAA